AUGUCUAUUCCCGGAAGAUUCAUGAUCAUUGUCGACGGAAAGCCCGUCGGAAAUCCUCAAGACAACGGCGAGCCCAUGAUCCAAGCUCAGCCUGGCGACCCUGCUGCCACCUUUGAGCUUCGAGACGGUCGACUAUUCUCUGGCGAAUGGGUUCUGGGCCGCCUCAACUAUGAGGACCGAUCCAUGAUGCCCAAGCGCGUCUUGUGGCGCAGGAGAGAGGAGGUCGAGUCACUUCAGCCAGUUCAAGUCGAGGAGUAUGGCGGCCCUCCCGAGCUCAAGUUCUCAGGGGCUGGUCUGGCAUUCAUCCAGGACAAGCUUUAUGCCCCCAUUAUGCCAGGCGAGAACCAGCCCAUGCAGAUUCGCCCUCUUCCCUUCUAA